AUGAAGUUGAUGUUCAUAUAUUUAGUGGGAUUGUCUUUGAGACUGCUAGUUGCAGCUACUGCUAAUGUGGAAAGUGUCAAAGUGUGUUUUACGCAUAUGAACAGCAUAGGAGGAUAUCCUAAAGAAGGUUCUUACGAAAUGAUCAAAUUGAUCUUGGACCAAAAUUGCACACAUAUAAUAGGAAACCUAAUCCUUACUGGUCUUUACCGGAAAGCUGAUGGAUCUGAUCCGGACUUGAGUUUUUUGAAAUCAAUUCAAGAAAUAUCUGGUUACUUGAUUAUAAUGCAUUCAAAUGUAAAUAAUAUACCGUUGUCUAAUUUACGAGUUAUACGAGCAAAUAAUGGAGGCUAUAAAAUACGCGAUGAAUUAGAUUUUGCAGCUCUAAUAAUCCGAAAGAAUUAUAAAGAUGGAGAAACUCUGAAACACGUUGAUUUACAUAACUUAAAAUCUAUAGUUCGUGGUAGCGUUUAUAUAUACGAUAAUCCUGGACUUCAGUAUUUGCCGGACAGUAUCCACUGGACUGAAUUAUUUGAAAGUGUUGGAGAACAGAACUUCUACAGUCAUAAGUUGAUUCAAACAAACAGUUAUGGAGACAAAAAUAUCACUAUUGAUCUACAUCUAUAUGAACACAAUCCACAUGACAUUGAACCAGAGCCAGUAUCAGCUAAUGUGAAGUCAUCCUGCUCCAAACUUUGCCCAAAGAUAAACAACAACACAUAUUGUUGGGGCCCAUCUCUGUCAGACUGUCAACACCAAUCUAAAUGUCAAAAUUUAUUAUGUAAUCGGUGUUUAAGAAUACGAAAUUCAUAUUCAUGCUGUCACGAACAAUGUCUAGGAGGGUGUACUGGACCUUUAGCUUCACAAUGUGUGAGUUGUAAAGAAUAUUAUAAUUCUGGCACAUGUGUUGCACACUGUCCAUCUAGAACAAUAAUUCAUGAAGGCAAGUUAAUUUCGAAUCCUGAGUUCAAGUACCGCUUGGGAAAUCUAUGCUUAUCGGUUUGUCCAGAUGGAUUCAUGGUUGAAGGUGAUGUAUGUGUAACUCAUUGCUCUACAGGUAGUAUGAGUACAGAUGGACGUGUAUGUCUUCCAUGCCAAGAUAAAUGUCCAAAAUCUUGUAAAAUCACUGAUAAGGAAACGAAAAAUGGACGUAAAAUGAGUAAUUUUGAUCUAAGAAAUUUAAAUCAAUUAGUUAACUGUACUAUACUAGAAGGUAAUUUGAUCCUAACAAAAGAAUCAUUUAAUCCAAGUUCUGAUCUAACCGAUCAUAUCCCAAUCACAGAUCACCGUCAAUUAUGGGCUUUACAUUCAUUAAGAGAAAUAACUGGUUAUAUAUAUUUAGAUUUGGAAUUACUUGGCGAUAGUCUGAAAAAUCUUAGUUUUCUUGAAAAUCUUGUGAAAGUCAGUGGUUAUCUACCUUCUGCACGAGUGAGUAUAAUGAUUAUAAACAGUAAGGCGCAUUUUCCUGGAUUAAGAAGCCUUCGACAGGUUCCACAUGGAAGAGUUAUAUUUCACCAAAACCCCAACUUGUGUUAUUUAUCCUCACUGCCUUGGACUAAUUCAGCACACUCAAGUGUCUUUAGCACACUGAAUCAAACAAAUUCGAUGGAAAUUACUGUUAUUGAUGGUCCAAGUGACAACUAUUGUGAAUCUCUUAACUACGUGUGUCAUCCUGCAUGCAAGAAGGAGUAUGGAUGCUGGGGACCAGGACCAGAUCAGUGUGUUCGCUGCUCAUAUCGUAGAGCGGGAUUAUAUACAUGCGUUCAAUCAUGUAGUAACUUAACAGGAUAUAUGUCUGAACAAUGGGAAAAACAACUCCAAAUGUCUAACAAGAAGAAUGACUAUUUUGGCAAUUCUCUGACUAAAAAUUUUCACCUAAAUUACCAUACAGCAGAAACUGAGUAUGUUUGUGUCCCGUGUCAUCCAGAGUGCGGCAAAUCCUGUACAGGACCUGGUGCUCAUGAGUGUAUUGGAUCAUGUAAAACAGCUUGGUCAGAAGGUCAGUGUGUUUCAGAAUGUCAUUCAAACACUUAUCUAAAUAUGGACAGAAGAAUUUGUGAGCCAUGUCAGACACAUUGUCAUCAACGUCAGUUAACAAAACAGCCGGUAUGCACUGGUCCUGGUCGUCAUCCAGGAAAAGGAGGGUGUAAUAAAUGCGAGAAAUUUGUUGUACAGUCACAUUUCAAUCAGAUGAAUACGGAAAUAUCAGAUUUAUCAUCCCCGCUUACAACAAUUACCUUGCUAUGCAUCAGAGGAGAUUGUCCACCGGGAACUUAUUUAACAACUGAAGUGGUUCAACCGAACACUUUGUUUGCGAAGUACGCUGAAAUAUUCACAAGUGUUGCUGCAGUAUGUCGAUCAUGUCAUCCAAGGUGCCCAAUGUGUACAGCAUACAGCCUCCUAAGAGCUAAUGAACAACGUUUAGGAUGCAUGAAGUGUAAUGGAUUUUGGCUGAGAGAUGCUUGCGUAGAACAGUGUCCUGUAGAACAAACCUACGCAAUAUGGAUUAAGACUAAUCAUAAUGUAUCCAGAAAUUCUUCAGAAAAGCACUUAAAUUUAAAAGACGUCAAUUUGAAAUACAAUGGCAUUUAUGUGCGACAUUUAAAUGGACAGUGUUUAGCCUGUCAUGAGCAAUGUCAUGCUGGAUGUUGGGGUCCUGGACCAGAUCAGUGCAACCAUUGUCUUAACGUCAAAGUACCUAUCCGAUUUAUAUCUAAUAAUCUUACUAAAGUUUACGGACUGGAUCAGUUUUCAGGAGAUGAUCUAUCAAUUGAAUUGAACAGUCUAAAUUUACAUCUAUACCAUGGGAGAUUUAUCUGCUUACCUCAAUGUCCAAAUGAUUUAUACAAUCAUAUAAUUAAUAUACCUGAAAUGGAAGGUGAAACAAUAUGUCAUCAUAGUACAUAUUUAAGUACUAGUGAUUAUGAACUGAUAAUGCAGGACAAUGUGUAUCCAUUUCAAUACUUUAAUAAUUAUCCAUUUUCAAAUAACAAUCAACAAUUGGAGCAAGGAACGUCUGCAGGAAUUAUCGGACUAAGAAAGUCUUCAUCUUACUUUUCAUCGGUUAACGGUAGUAUUAUGCAUCGUAAACUAAAAAAUGAUCCAGUAAUAUUAAUUAUGAUACCACUAUGUAUUAUAUUAAUCGUAUUUGCUGUACUAGUUUUUAUAUGCUAUCGUUAUCGUUCAAAUCAACAAUACAUCAAAAAAUAUGAACACAGUCCACUGUUAUUGUUGAAAUUAUUGUUUUGCCCACUAUCAUUUAUUUCUAAGCGUUUUGUUUCCGAUAUAAGCAAUUAUAAAUAUAAAAAAGGUAGUCCUGUCAUAAAUUUAUCUCUUACGAAUUGUCAUUACAAGAAUAGAAAUGAUGAAAGUGGUACUGAAACUAAUUUAAUGCAAUAUCCAGGCACAGAGGAAAGUUUAUUAGGAAGAUCUAGUGUAACGGGUUCCCAUCGAUAUCCAAAUCAAAUUGUGAACGGACAGAAAGCACCGAAUCUAGGUAGAUUAGUCAUGAUCAACCUGGAUGACUUAUGCCUAAAUGAAAAAUCUGGUCCCUUGGGAACAGGUGCAUUCGGAGCAGUCUACCAAGGUAUUUGGAAAGUAUGCCAAACUGAUUAUCCAAAUUUACCAAAUAUAAAUUAUGUGAUUACAGCGAAUAAUGAAGAGGAGUUAAUGCUUAAAGUUAAUUCACAAAGCUCCCGCUCUUUGUUGACAACUCCAACUCCAAUGAAUGAAAUGAACGUGGUGUCUACAAUUCAAAUAGAUUCCAGUAAUAUUCAAGCAAAUGAAGUGCACACGUCAGCUACAGAGCAAUCAUCAGUUAUAAACCAGAAGAACAAUAAUACUGACGAAGAUACCAGUCAAACUAGCCAUAGCGUUACUACAACAUCUAAAGCAUCGACAGAGAAAUCUAAAAAGGAAUACAAACUACUAUGCGUUGCUGUGAAAAUUUUGAAUGAAGUUCGCGGGUCAAGUGAUCUACAAGCACUACUGGACGAAGCAAAAGUUAUGGCAUCUGUCUCUCACUAUCACUGCCUCCCACUUCUUGGAAUAUGUUUAUCUCAAUCAAGAAAAUGCUUAGUUUCAGCUUACGUAGUAAAUGGAAGUCUAGAUCGUUAUCUAAGACUGCGUGCCCCAAAUAUUGACUCCUCAACUCUUUUAGAUUGGGCAUCUCAGAUUGCCGAUGGAAUGGCAUACUUACAAUCUCGGGGAAUUAUCCAUCGUGAUUUGGCUACUCGAAAUGUCCUAGUUACAUCACCAGAACAUCUACAAAUUACAGAUUUUGGUUUAGCAAAAAUGCUGGAAAGUGAAGAAGAAGCUAAACGUAACGAAGUAAUUGUUUGUUCGGGACGCGUUCCUAUCCGUUGGUUAGCCUGUGAAACACUGACUCAUCGUAUUUACUCAUUCAAAACUGAUGUUUGGGCGUACGGUGUCACUAUUUGGGAGAUUUUCACAUUUGGGGAUAAACCAUUUGAUCGUAUAGAAACGGCCAACGUAAAAGAUCAUGUUUUAGCAGGUAGACGUCUUCCACAACCAGAUAUAUGCACACUCGAACUAUAUCAAGUUAUGUUAAAUUGUUGGAAUGAAAAUCCUGAUGCUCGACCAAAUUUCGUAGAACUGUAUAACAUGUUUAAGGAUUUCGCACGUCAACCACAUCUUUAUCUUCAUUCCAGAAAUGAAAGUAGUUCAAAUACGGAAGUGUACAGUAGCACUGGUGACACAAGAAGUCGUGCAACAAUUUAUCCAACUACUCGGUUAUCUGGUGAACGUUUUCGACAACCAGAACAAACUGUUCCUUCAUUUCAGUCAAUGAAAUGUAGGAGUUCUUGUUCGCCUCUACAAAAUUCAAGUUCUAGUAGUGGAUUAACAAAUCGGCGCUUUGAUGUUGGUAGACGUACACGUACUAGUUUAUUACUACCUCCAACAGUCCUACAAGCUAAUCGUACUGGGAAAUAUCCGCGACAUAAACGACGUAGUGUUGGAGCUCGCACUGACUACACAAUGUCAGCAUCCAUAAGUAUAAACUCUGGGAUCGGUGAGCGUUGGGGUAAUUCAUCAUUUGCUACGCACAGUCACCCAACGUUAAUUAAAGUUGAUGAAGCAAAUGGAACAGGAAAUAUUAGCCAUAAUUUUAAGAUAAAUAGCAAUACAUCUGGAAAUAAUCGGAAUAAUGAACAGUUUAAUGUUGGCUUGUUUUCAACUGAUUCAUGGGCAAGUAGUGGACAACCCUUAUUAUCAAGUGACCAAGAAAGUUCAUUAAGCCAUCUAAUGUUGUCGAAUUUCGGUUACACAAGUAGUGAAAGCAGAAGCAGUAUGACAGUCAACUCUCCUGGCCAACAUAAUCGAAAUUUUUCAUCAACAGGUUCAUCAGUUCCAACGGAAUCAAGAAACUCAGAACAGCAAUCUGUAGAUGAACCUACGUCGAACACACAGAGAAUAGGACUUGACAUGAGAAGUGGUCUUCCAGUCAAUACAUCAUUCGAGGCUGCUGCAGGGUAUGUAUGGCCUCAAUGGCCCGAUGCCAUUCCUAAUCCAGAAAAUAACAAUUUAGACCAGGCUAAUUCAAGUGAAACUUCUUAUGUCUUUAACGCAGUCGAUUCAGAAUCAGAAAACAAUUUACCAUUCCUUAACCGUCAACUUUGGCUUCGACGUAAUGCUCGUCAACGGCGUUAUUAUCUUAGACAACUGCAGAUUCACAGAAGCGUUGCUGAUUCCAGUUUGCCAGAACAAGCAGGUGAAGAUGCUAUGGAGGAAACUUCAAGUUGGGCAGAACCCUUGCGAUCAAAUCAGAGUAAUCCAAAUGAGCAACAAGAAGAUAGUGAUAGUGAUCCAGGUUCUGCUGAUCGAUACUGGCCCGAUCCAACAUAUUCUCCACAAAACGUGUAG